AUGCCACAAUUCAAACUUUUCUUCGGGCUGCAUCUCUGCAAGAAAAUAUUGAAGAUCACAGAUAACGUCAGUCGAACGCUUCAGGGCCAAUCAAUGUCUGCAGCAGAAGGCCAAGAUAUAGCUCAACUGUCCGUACAAACUCUUGAGGGCAUGCGGACAGAUGAGAGCUCCAGUGUUAGUGAGCCCGUUCUUCCACGUAAAAGAAAAGUUCCUGGUCGAUUUCAAGUUGGAGUGGGCGAAGCAGUCUGCAGUGCUACGGUUGAAGAGUACUAUCGACUUCAGUACUAUGAAUGCCUUGAUCUGGCAAUUUCUGGCAUUAGGGAUUGCUUUAGGCAGCCGGGUUACGCCAUAUACAGUAACCUCGAAAGUCUUCUUAUCACUGCUGCCAACAAGGGCGAUUAUGGUGCUUAUUUUCAGCAAGUAACCUUAUUUUAUAAGGAUGAUAUCAGUCCUGUACAACUUGAUGCACAGUUGCAGAAUCUUGGCACGUGGUUUUCAACAGAUAAGCCACGUCAGGUGUCAUUGCAAGAUUGCCUCCAGUACCUGAGAAGCCUUUCGGAUGCCCAAAGAUCAUUCUUUAGUGAAGUGUGCUCCAUAGCUCGCCUUAUUCUAGUAAUGCCUUCAACCAAUGCCACCAGUGAGCGUAGCUUUUCUGCUAUGAGACGACUCAAGACAUACUUAAGGAGCACCAUGAAGCAGCCUAGGCUAAAUCAUGUUAUGCUGUUGCAUAAUCGCAAAGAGAGACUUGAUUGUUUAGACUUAGAUAUCAUUGGCAACGAGUUUGUGAGUGGCAGCGAACACCGCCUCCGCAUCUUUGGUAAUUUUAAGACUGAGUAA